AUUGUAGGACAAUCACAUCCACCAUCCACUUGUUAAACAGUGUUCUUUAUCGUCUCCAACUGACUAAUCUCCUAGUGGGUUAUAUAAUACCAUACCUAACCCAACCAGUUACACUUUCCUAAUGGCAUCUGAGACCAUGAAAUUACCUCAUGUUGCAGUCACAGCAAGCCCAGGCCUCGGCCACGUUAUUCCUUUACUAGAGUUCUCUAAGCGCCUGGUCAUUGAACAUGGCGUCCACGUCAGCUUUCUCGUUAUGAACACCAACGAGCAGCCCUCUGCAGCACAAGCCCAGCUCCUCCAGUCGCCAAACCUCCCUCCUGGUCUCCAAGUCGUUGAUCUCCCACCCGUUGAUGUAUCAGCUGUUGCUAGCGUGCGCUUCACCCGUUUAUGUACCAUCGCAGAAGAGAGUCUCAAGUCCUUAAGAUCGGUUUUAAUGGAGAUAGGUAAGCCACAAGCUCUUAUCAUCGAUUUAUUUGCUUCUCAAGCCUUCGACAUAUUUAGUGAACUCUCAAUUCCUAUAUACUCUUUUUUUACUACAUCCGUUGCGUUUUUCACCUUCGCGUUGUAUCUUCCUACCCUUGAUCGUGAGGUGGAAGGCGAGUUUAUUGAUCUCCCUGAACCGAUUGGGAUUCCGGGUUGCUCGUCCGUCCGACCGGAAGAUCUUUUAGACCACGUACGUAACAGGAAGAAUGAUGAUUACAAAUGGUUUUCGUUUCACAUGAGGCGAUUGCCUCUAGCAGCUGGUAUCUUCCUCAAUUCGUGGGAGGAUCUUGAGCCAGUCUCUCUCAAAGCAAUAAGAGAACAUCGGUUCUACCUCCAAAUACCAACACCACCUAUUUACCCUAUUGGUCCACUCAUCAAGCAAGACGAACCAUUGAUUGUUUCAGAUGAAGAGUAUUUAGCUUGGCUAGACAAGCAACCCUCUGAUUCAGUUCUCUUUGUGGCGCUUGGCAGUGGUGGCACUUUGAGUGCUGAACAGCUCGCUGAGAUGGCGUGGGGUCUAGAGCUGAGUAAGCAAAGGUUUAUAUGGGUUGUACGCAAGCCUAGCGAUGCAACUGCAGCUACAUACUUCAACGUGGGAAGUGAUGUUAACGAUCCAAAAACAUAUUUACCAGAAGGAUUUCUGGAUAGGACUCAAGGUGUGGGCGUGGUGAUACGAUCGUGGGCUAAGCAAGCGGCAGUGCUGCGACAUCCAUCGACAGGGGGAUUUUUAUCGCACUGUGGGUGGAACUCUUCGUUGGAGAGCAUUUACCACGGCGUGCCAAUGAUAGCGUGGCCACUUUAUUCAGAACAAAGGAUGAAUGCGGCGUUGCUAACAGAGGAGAUUGGGGUGGCCGUUAAGCCAGUGUUGGAGCAUGGAAAGAAAGUAAUCGAGCGGGAAGAGAUUAAAAGGGUGGUGAGGUUGUUAAUGGAGAGUGAAGAGGGGAAGGUUAUAAGACACAGGGUUAAGAAGUUAAAAGAAAGUGGUGUGAGAGCAUUGGGCAAAGGGGGGUCUUCCUAUGAGUCGUUUGCUUGUGUUGUCGAGAAAUGGAAGGAAGAUGAAGCUACUAAGUAAAAGAAAUGAUCAGAUUAAUAAGGCCCAUGGCCAAGGCGCAGUGAUGUAAAAACAUUGCCAUAAGGUGGCGUCUCCUAGUCUUCUUGUGUUUUGCUUCUCGUAAGAUCAAGAGGAAGAGAAGGCUUCCAACUUUAAUUAACAAUGAAAUAAUGUCAUAAUGUAAAACUCUCUUCAUUAGAGCUUGCACAUAUGACUCUUGAUGAGUGACAAUCAGCAAAUAGUUAGAGCAAAAAAGCUUUUUGAUGAGUGUGUUUGUUCUUGUGGCUGCCUGUGGGUGCAGCUUAAUGCAUUCCUGUGGAAGAGUUUUGGUA